UUGGUGGACACUUAAGUGUGAAAAGUGUAAAAGUUCCUGCUGAUUCUCUCCACAGUGCUCUAUUGAAGAGUGGGAAAAGACGAUGGAAGGACUGCAGCAGUUUCACUCUGUCUUCAAUGCCAUGGAGAGGAGGUUCUCUGAGGAGCAAGCUGCAGUGUACAGCAUGCUCUCUGACGCUGAAAGGGAAAAUAUUCAGGACAUAGAGGAGCUGAGAUGUGCCAUCAAGCGGGAAGCAGCAGAGCUGGAGAGGCAGUUGAAAGAACUGUCCCAUCACUACAAUGAAAGUCUACAAAGGGAGAUGGACAGUCUGCGAUAUGAGCAGUCUCAGCUUUGCUCACAGGUUGCUCUAUCAGGGACUGUGCUCACAUCAAGCCCCUCCCACAGAGCAGCAGCUAUUCAAUGCUCUUUGCUGCCCUGGCCCCCCUCAGCUGAUGAGCAGACAUCUUGUGUUUCCACCAGCAGCACAGGAAGUGCAGAUGUCAUCCCAAAGUCCCCCUUUGGGUCAGUCAGCAUUACUGACAGCCAGGCUCCUUCUCCCACAACUGAAAAACUGGACAUCCUGGGUCUUCUCCACAGAGUAGGAAAGUCCUGCAUCCAGUAAUCUUAUCAAUAAAGUGUUCCUGUUUAUUAUCGUAGAAUAAAGCACAGACUACAAUAUUUCAUCAAACUGUUUUGGUUUAUUUUUACAGUUCCCGCAUUUGCAUUUAGCUUUAUUUUGCUUACAGACCUAAUCAGCCUGUAACUGCACCUCAGACUUUAACCUGUAACCUGAUGAAACACUUAAAUUGCCUGUGGUGGACUGUCAUUGGCUGAAGCUUUAGUAAGCCUCUGAUCUUGGAGAGUGGUGGUAGCAUUACAAAUACAAUGUGUAAGAAAACAACAAUACCCCACCAGGCACAGGAUGUCUAGUCAAUACCUAAUAUACAUCUACUGUAGAUGUCUACUGACAUC